AUGAGAAUGAAAAGUGAAGAGGGAAGAGAGUCUGAGAGCCUCAUGAGCAAACGAGCACAGAGAGAAAAUCUGCGGCUCAGUUGGCAGGCAGCGGCAGGCCCUGACAAGUAGGAAUGAACUGCAACAGUAGAGGGAUUUGAAGCGCGAUCUUCCCACUAUCGGUCUCCAUCACCCAUGGCUCUUGUUAAGGCCAACCAUCAGCCUCAUGCAGAGUGGCUAACUAGCUUCCCACGGCUCCACUUUCUACAUGACAAUGUCCUUAACAGCAUCAGCAUGCUGUGAGAAGAGAAACAAAGGUCUCAAAUGCAAAAGAAAACACAGCUGAAUAGGUAUUAGAGGUAGUCAGGUGCAAAUACACAGUGCAGAGUCGAUUGUGGAUCAUGCUUCUGAUAAAAAAAAUUAAAAAUGAAAUCUGUCCAGCCAGCCCGUUACUCUCAAUGGAUUCUUUUUCAUGACAAAAAAUCCCUCAGACAUGUCGACAUGUUUAUCUCAGAUCUUAAACAAGUCUUGUCACUUGACCACAUGGUUCAAAUAUACCCUUGAGUCCAUCAUUGUGCCACCUUUGGCCCCUCCAUCUUCCCAUCCUCCAUCCUGUCUCUUCCUGGUCUACCUCUGCUGCCAUCUCUGAACAUGCUGACCCCUCUCCCUGGAGAUCCAGCUGAGAUAAUGUGCAGCUGUUUGCAGAGUGGUGACCUCUGCACAGAUAGAAACACAUACAUGAAAGAGACACGAACCCAACCUGCAGGGAGUUGCUAAAACACAGGCACAUGCAUCUAAACAGUCUCAGCACGACACAAGCUGUCUGUAUCAGCGGAUAAUGUCAUAAAAUUCCUAUAAUCGGAGCAAACUUCAAGCAUCUUGCUAAGUAUAUCAUCUUAAUGUUGAUUAUGUUGCAAACUUUUGAAAAAAAUAAAAAAUAAAAAAUAACAGCAUUGCGAGUUGCUCAACAGAUGCUCCUAUACUUAAGUUUUCAAAAGAGUGGUGGGAAUGGUAAGGAGUUGCUUUCCUGGGGACAUCAGGCUGCAGACUGGUUGGUAGAUUGACAGGACUUUGGAUAUAUACUUGGGCAGAUGGCCAUUAAGUGCUUUAAAAGUAAUGAGUAAAAUUUUGCAGACUAUCGUUAAACAAAUGGUGAGCCGCUGAUUAAAACAAGUGCAUUGUGUUUACUCUGAUUUUGAAGAGAUAAAGGCCUGAAUGAUGAUGGCUUUAUCAUUAAAAGUUAGAUUUGAGCUAUUCUUGGCUACAUUUCUAAGGUGCUCGACCAUGGAAUGUAUGUGGAAUGGAUGCCAUUUGCCUCCUCACUGGGUGAAACCACCUUAAGAACAGCACCCUCUGGUGACAGGCUGCAGUAUAGGUCAUGAAUCCUGCCUGUUAGGGGGGUCAUGUUUUCUAUGGUUGACACUUGAUACAGCCUAUGGGUGCGUGAAGAUUGCGUGACUCAACCCGGGGAUACCCUGUUUGAGCUGAGUGUCGUCACAGCGACUCUCUGCAACUCUCCCGCCCUACAAUGCUAUUGCGCAUGUGGUGGUUCCAGGAAAUGGAGAAAAUCCCAGAAAUAUUGAGAGCAAUUCCGAUUCAAAUUUGUAUAAUGAUGGAAGGCAGAGCCAAGUUGUCCAUAAUAUAUACAGUCUAUGCGCUCAACUGGCUGAGUUUGUUUUUAUGUUUCUCUAAAGUGAGUUUAUUAUUUCAGUAAAUCCCAUAGACUGUAUAAAACAUGGACAGACUCCCGCACUGAUUUCUGGAGUGAGGUUUUAGAGCCUGUGAUGGCAGAUUGCAUGUUGAAAACGGUGAAUGAAUCUCACUUUUGAUCAACCAAGCAGCAUGAAAGAAAUGGAGCUGAGGCGGGUUUUAGCCUCGUGGCAAUUAGCAACAGCCCAGUCACGUCAGUCAACCUGGCUGUGCCCUAUAAUAAGGGGAAUUUAUGUAUGACUUUAACUAUUAUUACCAUAAGGGAUAUGUGAUUAAAAAACUGUUCCUCUCCAGUGUGUAUGAAUAAAUAAGUGUUUCAUGGACUGAAGCUGUUUUCUUAAAAACAGGCUGUAAACAUGUUUGACUUUGCCACAAAAAAAAAAAAAAAAAAAAAAAAAAAGCAUUUAGUUGACUUGGUGGGAAAUCCUUGGCUUUUGCAGUCAGUCCUGACCAGACACUCAACAAACUGUAGUUUUUUCCCACUCUUUCACUGGCUAAAUUUUUCAACUCAGAAGGUUGCCACUUGAUGAACAAUAUGGAGAGGGCCAGUGGAGUCUCAGAGGCAUUGAUGGAGUUUCUUCUAAAUCCUUCUGAACAGACAAGUUAAACUAAAGCUGUAAGUGUGAAGCUGGUGAAAUCUCUGAAUUCUAACUUGUUCCUUGCAAUUCUGACUUUUCUUAAAUUCUGCCUUAUUCCUUAAAAUUCUGACAUUCAACUCCUAUGUCUGACAAAGGAAUAAAUAAAUAAAUAAAUAAUACCAAUUAAAAUUAAAUUAAAAAAGUGAGUUAGGGGUGGUGGGAUGGAUAGGCCAGUUUAAACAGGUGUGUCUUGAGUUUGGAUUUGAAGAGGGGGAGGGAGUCUAUGUUGUGGAUGUGUGAUGGUAAAGAGUUCCAGAGUCGGGGGGCAGAGCGACUGAAAGCUCUGCCCCCCAUGGUGCUGAGGUGAACAGGGGGCACAGUGAGGUGGAGAGAGGAAGAGGAUCGGAGGCGGCGUGAUGGAGUGUGCUGGAUUUGGAUAUUUUUGAGUCGUGAGGAAAAAAAUCAAGUUCUGAGGAAAGGUUAGAAACAUAGGGUUAUGUAAACCUUCUAUUUAAAAGUUAAUAUAUGCCCAGUCCCUCAUCUGCCUUCUUCUUUGCACACAGGAUGGACGAUGCCCAACAACCUCAAACUGAAGCUCUUUAGCCGGCUUUUCUCCUCUGAUCAGGAUCACAGCUGACAAAGGAGGGAAGGAAGAGAAAGGGAACGAGGAGGCGGAGGUGGAGGAAGGAGGAGAGGGCAUCAGGGGAGCUCUCGAGGAACACACAGCGGUUGACUCUGCAGCACCCUUCACAGUCGGAGCUGUCAAUCCAAUUAUGCCCACAGUCUGGCCCAUGAAGGCACACAAACAGUACAUACUCACAAACAGGUACUACUCUCCACCUACACCAACCGUGUACAUCUAUAGGAACAUCUACACACUCCCUGCCUACACACAGACACAUACCUGUGAAGACAGCUCCAGCUGA